AUGACGCGGUCAUUGAAACAGCUCGGUAGAUAUUCCAAGGUUGAAAUUUGUCCUCCAGAAACAUUGGCCGAUCUGGCAUAUAGUAUCCAUGUUCUUGUGCAUCAGAUUGAAGGAUCUCAAUCCUACAUUUUCCAACGCCCAAAACACCACCAAAUGACCGCUGAGGAAUACAAAAAAAAGGAAAUAAUUGCCAAGGCUGUUAACGCGUAUAAACGCGGAAAAAUCAAAAAUAUAUUGCGUUUAGCGCGUGAAUUUGGAGUCUCGCGCUCAAAGCUAUAUCGACGAGUCAGUGGGACACCCUCUUGCUCAACACGGCCACCAACGAACAGAUUAUUAUCGCUUGAUCAAGAAAAGGCGCUUACUUCAUGGGUUCAAUAUCUAGAUAAUAUGGGAGCAGCGCCUACGGCCCUACAAAUCGAGGAAAAUGCGAAUUGUUUGCUCCUCAAAGAUUUCACUGGUCCGGGAACGCCACGGAGAGCUGCAAAGAUUGGGUAUACGAAUAUCUCAAACGUUUACCAAAAGAAUAUCAACGAAUCGUCCAAAAACCUCAAGGAAUUGAACGUACGGCUUCCGGGCAUUAUGGUUAGGUUGAACGGUGGUUUAUUGAUCUCAAACUGGUUAUGGAUGACCUCAAAAUUACCCCCGCGAAUCUUUACAACUUUGACGAGACUGCAUUUAUUGUUGGAAAGGGGAAAAAGGAGGCAGUGGCUACAGCAUACCCAAAAACAUCAAAAAGGAUUUCUAGCCUGUCUUCUCGAGAGUCUUACUGUCGUUGAGUGUAUAAACGCCGAAGGAAAGGUUAUACCACCUUUGAUUAUCCCAAAGGGUGAAAAGCAUAUGGAGGAAUGGUAUAAGCAUAUAAAAGAUGAGGAUUAG